AUAGACCGGUACAAUGUGGCAAGUGAGCUUUUAUCUGUGUUUAACAUUUUUUUGUCUAUCUUCUUUUGUUUCGGGAGGUAUCAUAACCCAAAAUACUUGCGCCAAUGCAGAGACAGAUUUAUAUUACUGCGAAUAUUUCGAAAAAGGCACUGUUCUUAGUAUUUAUAAAGGGGGUACGUUUUGGGGACGAAAAAAUAAUGACACUUGUGCUCCUAUAAGAAAAAAUAAAUAUGUUAAACCGAAAAAUUGGAAUUGCACUCUAGAUAUCGUCGAUUUAUUGAAGAAAAAAUGCGAUGGAAAAACAAGUUGCCAAUUUCAGUCAUCAAAUGAGUUUUUUGGGGGUGAUCCUUGUCCUGGGGAUCGUAAGUAUUCCGCCGUUGCCUACGAAUGUAUAAAACCUUCGGAACCAACCACUCCAACUCCCACGGAACCUCCGGAAGAGGUGGUUCAUGGACCCACGGUGUGCUACACAAAUUUUAUACGCAUAAAUUGCGGCCAAAAGAAAAUUAAGACCAACAAAGUUUUCUUUGGCAGAGGCGAUAGCUCCACGUGCGUUUAUGGAUACGGAUACUUUGGAGGUUAUUUUAACUUCAAAUGCGAUGCAAGUGAGGUCGCAUACAAGUACAUUCAACAAAAAUGCGAUGGCCAAAAUUAUUGCGAUAUAUGGAAUAUUGUGGGAUCUGGUGGUGGUGGCGUUAAUGCAAAUUUAAGUGGAGGUGGCCAUGUCAAUGGAGGCGGUAAUGCGAUUGGAAAUAUCAAUGCAUCUGGAAGUGCUCAAAUAAGUUGCACUCCCGCCCAAUUACCUUAUUUAAAAAUAAGUCAUCAAUGUGUUAAUUAAUAAUUAUUUUUCAAUGUUAAUGUAAAAAUGCUGUUAAAGAUUGUUUUUUUAGUUAAAGAUUGUUUUUUUAAUUAUACCAAACUACAACAGUAUUUAAUAAUAAACUUUUAUUUAAUUUC